CCUGGGAGCUGGUGGACCCCACCCCCGAUUUGCAGGCCCUGUUUAUGCUGUUCAACGACCGUUUCUUCUGGGGCCAUCUGGAGGCGGUCGAGGUGAAGUGGAGCAUGCGAAUGACGCUGUGAGUCCCGAGCCGCGCCGCGGGCGGGGGGCGCCGGCGGCCUCAGCCCGGGCUCUGGAGCUGGGGGCAGGCGGCUCCUCGGUCCUGUGUCCCUUCCCUGCCCUUCUCUGUCCCGCCCAGCGUCAGGGGAGCCCUGUGGCCCACCCCGCGGCGGUUUGGCUGGUAAGGGGACGUUCCUUGGCGUUAGAACGAUGAGCUGACCGUUUUCUGAUGGGGCUUACGGGAGCGCUUUAGGACCCAGGCGGGAGAAGCAGCCGGAAGCUGACCCCGAGAAAGGAGGCCGGGGCCGCGGCUUGCUUUCUUCCCCGGGACGCGUGCAGUCCCUGCCGGGCUCGGCGGGUACCGCCGUUGGGCCGCGAGCUCGCGGGUCAGGGUGGGGAAGGGGCGGCGUUUCCCUACUUCUGGGUCCAGGGGAUCUUCGGGGGGGGGCGGCGGGGUGCGUCUCAAAGCAGCCCUUUCCGGCACGCCGAGUCCGGGAAAUGCCGGCUCCAGGUAACCUGCUGCUGCGUACGAACGGAGUUGAGAAGUUGACAGUGCGGUUCGAGACCACCGCGCUUGCUCUUGGAUGGAGGCGAAGCGCCCUGAAGUAAGAGAUGAAGGUGCGCUGGGAUAUGCAGCUACGAAGGCAGGGGCGGAAUGUGUUCCAUCCGCCUCAGUGAACCCCUCUUAAAGUUGAGACCAAGAAAGGAUCUGGUGGAGGACUGUUAUAACCACUGCAAACUAAAACAUGGGUGUGAGCCUGACGGGACAGAUUGGAUUCUCUCACGUACACACGGUAGAGGAGACUAUCUUGACAGAAGGAACGGGAGGACUGUGAACAGAAGCGAGGCCACUAAACUUACGACCCUCUUGCAUGAAAUGAUACAUGCCUAUUUAUUUGUCACGAAUAACGAUAAAGAUCGGGAAGGGCACGGCCCAGAGUUUUGUAAACAUAUGCAUCGCAUCAAUCGCCUGACGGGAGCCAAUAUAACGGUGUACCAUACUUUCCACGACGAGGUGGAUGAGUACCGGCGACACUGGUGGCGCUGCAAUGGGCCGUGUCAGUACAAGAAGCCAUAUUACGGCUACGUGAAACGCGCCACCAACAGGGCACCCUCUGCCCAUGACUACUGGUGGGCUGAGCACCAGAAAACCUGUGGAGGCGCCUACAUAAAAAUCAAGGAGCCAGAGAGCUGCUCAAAAAAAGGCAAAGGAAAGACAAAACUAGGAAAGCAGCCAGUGUCAGAAGCAGAAAAGAAAGGUAAACCGAACAGAGGGGAGACACAGUUGUUAAUCCCUUUCAGUGGGAAAGGGUAUGUUCUAGGGGGAACCAGCAAUUCGCCUUCAUCUGGGAAAUGUCUCACUUCACAUGCUGUUAAAACCCAGGAUGUUUUAAAUCAGGACCAUUCAGCAAAUGCCUUAAGACCCAAUUCGAAACCUGAGGUGACAUUUGAACAGAACGGCUCAAGUGGGAAAACUUCCUCAGUCUCCGCUGCUCUCGGUUCCAGUCACCAGAGUGUUUUAAGCAACUACUUCUCUGGAGUAUCGGUCUCCAGGCACAAGGCUUUCAGCAGUGUGAGUGGGUCUCCGAUGAAAAGCCUCACGGUUGGUGACAUCGCUAAAAACUCGGUCUCUUCUAGUUCUCAAAGGAGGGUGACAUCUUCUAAGAUAUCCCUGAGAAAUCCUCUAAAAGCAGUGGAAUCGACAUCUGUGACUGCACCCCAGGUUGCAGGUGGGCCUGAAGAUCGAUUCCCAAGUAAACGCCCCAGGCUCGAAGACAGGACUGUUUUCGACAACUUUUUUAUCGCGAAAGAGCAAACACAGAGUGGUGGUAACGAUCCAAAGUGUGGUUCACGCCCUAUAGCUGCAACGCAGAACGCCAGCAGUUCAUCUAGUCAGAGCAAAAUGGUUCACUGUCCUGUUUGUCAGAGUGAAGUUUUGGAGCCUCAGAUUAAUGAGCACUUGGACUGGUGCCUUGCAGGUGAUAGCCUCUAAGUCAAAAGCUGAAAGAAAUCUCUGAAAAAUGAAUGGGUCUCACAUGUCCCACCCGUAUUACCUCAUAGCACAGUGUCAGCCGCUCAGGAAUUCCUGGUUAGUGCUAAGAUUUGCAGAUUAUAACCUAGUUCACCCAUAUUAAAUGUUCUAUUUUAUAUAUACAUAUAUGAGAUUGUAACUUAAACUAUUUUAUGUCUGAAGGUGCUAUAUUCACUCGUAGGUGUACUGUAGCCCAGAGUUGCUUCUGGGUGCAUACACGUAUAAUUUUUAGAUACUUUUGUUCUUUCUUUUAAAAGUAUUUAAAUCUGUUAAUCUUUUUAACUUGCAUAUUUUCCUUAAAAUAGUCAGUGAGGAAUCCUGUCAGGUGUUUGGUUAAAUUCCUUUAUUAAUAUUAAAACUCAUUCCCAGAACUGGUAAUAUUCAUAGUAUCGGACAUAUUGACCAAAAAUACAACCUAGUUGUUUUCCGGUACUCAAGGCUUUUGGUUUUUCUUCAAAAUUUUAACAGGAAAUACAUUUCCUAUAUUAUAAAAUUUUAUAAAAUUAUAAAGAUUUUUAUUUCUCUGUGGCAGCAGGUUUGAGGUUAAAGUAGAUAAGCAGAGUAAAAUAAAUUCCUUUUGGAAUAUUGCUGGUAACAAAUAGCCACUGUAAUUCUGUAGGCCAGGGUUGAGCUGUUCUCUCAGCGCUUUAGCAAAAUGACUGGUUAAAACUCAGUACUAAGUAACCGGCAUAUAUAACAUAACCAAGUUGCCUAGUUUAUGUACAAGUGGACCAUCACCUGGAAACAGUAUUAUGAACCUUAAGCCAAAGUUGAAACCAUUUAGGAAUACCAUUUGUGUAUGUAAAAAAUUAUAUUUCUUUUAAAAAACAUUCUUUUCCACGUCCCAGCAAAGGGACAGAGAUAGUUUGGUCAGUUUACUUUGUCUCAUGGCUCUACCGCCAGUGUGUUGGCAUAUUUUCAGGGCCUUAGUUCACAGGUUUUCUUUUUCUUAACUUUGUUGCAACACGCCUUUACAUCCGUAAGGUGCAGCUGGGUUCCCCGCUGAGUCACCACUACGCAGGUGCAGUUAGAGAGCAUUUCAGUUGCCAUGAAGUGUCCUUAUGGGCAACUCUUGCCAGCCAACACCCACCACCCCAGAGUAACCAAUGUUUUCAUCUGUCACCACGGUUAGUUUAGCUUGUUUUUAAACACUAUGAAGUAGUACCUUUGUUGCUAUGGGUAGCAGAAGUUCAGUCUUUUCAUUGCUCUGUAGUAUUUGUAUGAAUAUGCCCGAGUUUAUCAUUCUGAUAUUAAUGGACAUUGGAAUUAUCUCCAGUUUGGGGCUGGCCAUUCUGAAUAACGCUGCUAAGAACAUUCUUACUCAUUUCUGCUGAGCAUAUCCCCAGUCUGGAAUGCAGGGUCACCAGGUGCAUUUAUGUUUAGCUUUAGUAGAUGCUGCCAGUUUACAGUCCUGCCAGCAGUGUAUGAGAGCUUGUCGCUCAGCAGUCUUAACGCUGUUGUCAGUCCUUUUCAUUUUAGCCUGUCUGGUUGAGUGUUUACAAGUUUUGAUAUUUCUUAAGCAUGAAGUUAAACAAUAGUAUUUAAUAAACAUUUAUAGAUAAAUGA